AACGUACCCGGAUUCUCAAACACUCACCGGAGAAAACACAUCGUGGCGCAAAUAAAAGUUUCAUUUGAACCCCAGAAGAGUUGUCGGGACAUGAGACUUGUGUUGUGGUACUGUUGGUGAUCGUGUGAACAAAGUUUUGAUGGAGAGGACGGUCGUGUUAGAGCGAGUGUAAGAUGGUAUCCAGUGAGCUGUAUCUGGCAGUGGAAGACGACUACUUCGCGAAUAAUAUGAAGGAGAUGAUUGGAGGCUGCUGCGUUUGCUCAGAUGAGAGAGGCUGGGCCGAAAAUCCUCUGGUUUACUGUGACGGCCAUGGUUGUAACGUCGCUGUCCAUCAAGCGUGCUAUGGAAUCGUGCAAGUCCCGACGGGCCCCUGGUUCUGCCGAAAGUGUGAAUCGCAGGAGAGAGCUGCCAGGGUGAGGUGUGAGCUGUGCCCCCAUAAAGAUGGAGCCCUGAAGCGCACAGACAAUGGAGGCUGGGCGCAUGUGGUGUGUGCGUUGUACAUCCCGGAGGUGGAGUUUGCCAACGUGUCCACUAUGGAGCCAAUCGUACUGCAGUCUGUUCCUCACGAGAGAUACAACAAGACGUGCUACAUCUGUGAAGAGCAGGGUCGCGAGAGCAAGGCGGCCACCGGGGCCUGCAUGACCUGCAACAAACAUGGCUGCCGACAGGCCUUCCACGUCACAUGUGCCCAGUUUGCAGAGCUGUUGUGUGAAGAGCAGGGCUCGGACGCGGAUAACGUCAAGUACUGUGGCUACUGCAAAUACCACUACAGCAAGCUGAGGAGGAGCAAAGGCCGCGGUAGUAGGGCCCAAAGCUUAAGCCAUUCCUCCUCUCAGUCUGAGGAUAAGCACCAUGACCAGGACUCAAAGGACAGGACAGUGAGAGAGAGUGACAGGAAAAGAAUGGGAGAGAGAGAGGGGAAGGAUCGGCAACAGACCUCGGGUAUGAAUCGAACCCUGGUCGCCGGCAUAAUGAAACAUAAAGAACGUGACCGUCACAAACCAAAGCACAAAAAGUCGAUGGAGCUCUCACCGCCACUCAUGCCCCCACACCACAUGGUCUCCUCGGAGAAGAGCUUCAACAGUAGCAGCAGUAGCAGCGGUAGUGGCGGUGGUGGUGGUGGUUCGAUCUCCUCCAUGUCUACUGCUGCGCAGAAACGCCUGGACGAUGCCAGCGGAGCGCGCUUCACCACCGCCAACUUCCAGGAAGUGUCGGCACACUCGGGAGGCGGGUCCAGCGCUGUCGGAGGCGGGGCCAAGGACAGCGGCAGCACGGCGGAGGCGAAGGUUGCCGAGGGCAACAAGAGCAAGAAGGCCAACAGCCACUGCGCACCUCAGAGAGGCAGGAAGUCGGCCACGGGGAAGCCGCUGGUUGCCGUGGUUACCACUGCUGCCACCUCCUCCACGUCGUCGUGCAGCCCCUUCCAGCAGAGUCUUAUGGGCAGCACGAGUAUCAAGACCUCCGCCUCCUCUUCCUCUUCCUCUUCCUCCUCCUCCACCAGUUCUGUGGUGCAGCCCCCAGCCGACUUCCAGAGCUUCUCCGAGGCAGCCAUGCGCGCGGCCGGGGGGGACUCCUCCUACAGCGCCCCCACCACCUUCGCCCGCCUGGCCAAGUCCGAGAGGGAGAGUGCGGCGCCCUCGGAGGGUGGCGGCGUCUCCCUGGGCACCUUCGGCACCAUGAUCUCCCUCCCGGCCGGCGCUACCGUCACCUCCUCCUCCACCUCCUCCUCGUCAUCUUCGUCGUCAGCGCUGGGCGGCGGGAAGCAUUUUGAGAGUGUUCACGGGCCCCCUGGAGACCUGGGUGCCCUGGCCUCGGCUGCCACCGCCUCCGCUGCCGGCUUCAAGCGCUCGCAGCCCUCGGCAACGGGGACCACGGCAACAGCAGGUGAGGAGAUGGUGAAGGGUAAGAAGAAGCGUGGGAACUGGCGUAACCGCUACGGGCCGUGCUUCAGCGCCACCACGCCACCACCCCCUCCAGAACCCAAGAUGGCCGAUGCCUCGGAACAUGGAACCCCGCCCUCUGGCCCCUCCUCUUCCUCCUCUGGCCCCACCCCUCCCUCCUCAGCGCUGUCAGGCAACCUCCUGGCCCCCAGGGGGAGCAGUAACGGAGGCGGUGCAGGUGGUGGCAUGGGUGUGGGGGAGGGGCUGGGCGUCCAGAGGUCGGUGUCUCUACUCAGGAACGGGAGUCUGCAGGGCCUGGGGGUUGGCUCUGUGGCAAGCGGACCAGGUGCCUUCUCCAGUGGUGAUGUAGCCGGUUCGGGGGCUGGAUCUGACUUACCUCAUCAGCAGCAGGCUACCUCGGCCUCUGCCUCCUCCCUAGCCCCACCUGCACCCUUCAGCUCCACACCCCUCACAGCAGCCAGCACUGCCAACACACUGGCGAACCCCCUGGCAGGGCCUGCAUUUAACCUGGCGCCCCCUCACAUGUUUGGGAACCGCCUCAACCCCAACUCCUCCAUGGCUGCCCUCAUCGCCCAAUCAGAAAACACAACUGCUGAGUCGGAGCAGGGAGACGCCACCCACGGCUUCCCCAGGAAAGGAGCCUCCCCGAAGGCUACGCUCUCCCCACGCUCUCCCCUGGUAGGUGGUCUGCAUAUCCGUUAUGAUGCGUCGUCGUCUUCAGGGGGGGCUCUGGGUCCGUCUGACUCGGUGCUGCCCCCGGUGGCCACGAGUCUGCAGCAGCUGCUGGAGAGGCAGUGGAGCGACGGGCAGCAGUUCCUACUCCAGCACGGGGCUCAGGGAGAUGUGGUGGGGAUGUUGAAGUCUCUGCAUCAGCUGCAGCAGGAGAACCGGCGUCUUGAGGAUCAGAUCAGGACCCUGACGAUGCGUAAGGAGCGACUCCAGCUGCUGAGCGCCCAGCUGUCAGUGCCCUUCACAUCUACUGCCAGCCCUGCCUCGCCCCACACACACCCCAACCACGCACACACAGACAUGCUGGGUGGCAGCAAGCUGGGAGGAGGAAUGCUCACAGACCCCACCCAACCUACUCAGGACUCUCUGGGUGGUGUCCACGGGGCCCACAGCAGCAGUGGGGGCAGCACGUCAUCCCUCUCCACGCCCCCCUCCGUCUCCCACAGCCCUCCCCAGCAGCCCGGACAGAUUAACGGGGUGGGGGUAGCGCUGGGUGCUGGCGGUGCCAUGCCCUCGGCCAUGCUGGGGGGUGCCGGAGCCGCGGGGGUGCCUGUGGGGCUGAUGGGGGCGCUGCAGGGUGCCCAGGCUGGCGGGGGCGUGCUGGGCAUGAGUGGCAUCGUGGGGGCCCUCAACGGCGUGAUCCACACCUCCGGCCCGGCACUGGGCCAGAACGCCAGCCCCCUGCAGCAGCAGCAGCCCCACGGCACGCCCACAGCCAACAUCGUCACCAGCGGAGCAAUGCCCAUCAACAGUGGUGCUGCCACAGGGAAAAGCAGCGUGUCUCGACUGGGCCAGAUGACAGCAGAGCAGCAGAGGCUGAUUCUACAGCGCCAGCAGAUCCAGCAUCUCCUCAACGCGCCGCAAAACACACAGGAGCAGCAGCAACAGCACCAUCAGGUCCUGCUCUACCAGCUCAUGCAGCAGCAACAACAACAACAACAACAGCAACAGCAACAGCAUCAUCUCCAUCAGCAUCCUCAUCAGCAUCAGCAUCAGCAUCAGGACCAUCUGCAUCUCUCCUCCUCCUCCUCCUCCCCCUCUCCACAGCUGCCUCUGGGCUCCGGCCUCAUGGGCGUGGCGGGUUCAGGGGCCAUCACCUCCAACCCAUUCCUGGCCCUCCACCCAGAUAACAACACCAACGCUGCUGCUGCUGCUCAGAAAAACACUAGGUUGUCAGAGAAGGCAGUGGCGGCGUCUGGUCAGGAGAAGACCUGACAGGCAACAGGAGCAUAUCUCCUCACCUGGGCAGAUAGACAGCACUCAACGCCUCAACGCCUCGCACCUCCCUUCUCUCUCUCUCUCUGUCUCUGUCUCUGUCUCUCUCUCUCUCUCUCUCUCUCUCUCUCUCUCUCUCUCUCUCUCUCUCUCCUAUCUGUCUAUCUGUUUGUCUUUCUGUCUGUCUCUCUCAGGGGCUCUCCUGAUGACCACCACACAAUAGUACACCAUCAUCACAACAAAACAGCCACCAGCCAGAAGACAACACAACAGGCCUAGCCACACCGGCUCCGCAAUGGCAACAGCACACUCACCAAUCCAGACUGUUAAUCUGGUACACCCAGUCAGACGGCCAUUUCUGGUUACCACAUGAAACCAACACCAGGAUCCAGAUGAAGAAACUUGAUUGGUGCAAGUGUCUGUCACUCAUACCAAACCAGCAACCCCUAUUGGUGCUCACACUGCAGAAGGGAACAGGAAGUGACACGGGUUCCAGGGAGGGGUGGUGCUAGGGCUGCUAUUGGCUGAAGGACGGGUCAUCGGGUCACAUAACUUCUGGUCGCGGGAUCAAUCGUGCUAUUUAAGGUGUUUUUUUGUUGGAGUUUUUUUUCUCGCUUUUUAACUUUCACUUCUUAUUUUAUAAGUCUCUGUUCCUUUUGUGUUGGAAAAAAUGUGUGUUGAAAAGAUUCUGACCACUGUUACCUCGCAGAGCAACUCCUUUAAAGCUUAACGUUUUUUUUAAUGAGCUAAAGAAGAACUGAAAUAUUAAUAUUAAUAUUAAUAUAUGAGAAAGACAGACAGGCGGACAGACAGACAGAUGUCAAACCUCCUGAUGGUAUUUGGGGAAGUGUUGUUUGGACGUGAGAACGCUCAAGUGACCUUUCACGCGACUGCCUACUGCCACCCCCCCUGUACACACACACACACACACACACACACACACACAUUCAAUGCCUAAUCACCUCUCAGCAGAACACACACACACACACACACACACACACACACACACACACACACACACACACACACACACAUACACACAAACAGACUUUCACUCGCGAGCCACUCAAGGCAUUCCAAAGCUCCCUGCACACACAGCACAGGCCCGCAGUGUUGCACUCACUUCUUCUAUUGCACCUACCUCUCUCUCUCUCUCUCUCUCUCUCUCUCUCUCUCUCUCUCUCUCUCUCUCUCUCUCUCUCUCUCUCUCUCUCUCUCUCUCUCUCUCUCUCUCUCUCUCUCUCUCUCUCUCUCUCUAACACACAUACACACAUACACACACUCGCGCAUGUACACACACACACACACACACACACACACAGACACUUGGACCAGCAGCAGCUACAAGCCCAAACCCAAGUGCCUGGCGACACCCCCCAACCCCCCAUCCUGCAAUCCCCGCUGGCCCAAACCACGGGCAGAAAAGAAGGAGAUUUUUCUUCUGCUGUUGUGACGCGCGCACACACACACAGACAAAGCGCACACACACACACACACACACACACACACACACACACUUGUUUUCUUUGCGUUGCUCACGAGUUGCUAAAUGAACUGUCUCUACUCUUGACUACUUUAGUGAAAAGCUAUGCUGGGUCAGUGGCCCAGAAAUUAUUUUGCGUGCUGCGUUCAAGAACUUCUGAAGCCAACUUUAUAUAUUGUCAUUCUUUAUUUAUUUGCAAUUUAUUUUGUUCCUUUUUUCAUAUAUCAGGCACAAGAAUAGUAUAUUUUAGGACUGGGUUGCUCAUUUGUUUUUUUUUAUAGUACUGUACAAAAAUACCUUUUGACACCUGAGAACCUUUUUGAAUCUUCUUGUAAAAGUUUUGAUGGAAACGUAAAGAAAAAAAAGAAAUGUCCUGUAUUAGAAAGAUUAAAUAAUAAAAGAUAAAAUUUAAAAAAAAUAAAAAUAAUACUUGACGAUUUAAAAAGUGGUGGUUCUUGGUCUUGUACAUAGGUUAUUUUUCGUUGUUGUUUCCCUUCAUGUUUAAAAAGCUUAAGAUGGUAGCACCUGGAGUCAAUGCCAAGCUGCUGAAAGACAGCGUUAGCUAGCGUAGCGUUGCCUCGCUUCUUGUACAUAUAUGCGCGUUGGAAUACAUCUAGCUGGCGUGAAGGACUGACAAUACAGGUUGUCCGUUCUUGUGCGUGGUUGUGUUUGUUUGUUUGUUUCAGAUGUUUAGAGCCGACCAGAGGACCAGUGACUGGAAAAAGUGUUAAUUUAUUUUUUAUAUGUGCAGGGACAUUUUGUUUAUCUUUUUUUCUUCUUUGCACCAUUUCCUUGAUGUCAUUUUAUAGAUCACCAUGGCCCAUUGUUAUUUCCACACCUUGUUCAAUUUUUGUAUUACAAAAUAUGCAAAUUCCUCUUUUUUUGUAUUGUCUGAGCACCAAAACAACAUCACAGGUCCUAACUGCUGAGUAAAACAAAAUAAGGCCGGAAAAUCUUGAAAUGGUUGUGUACAUUAACUGUUUUAUUGAUUGAAUUAAAAUCAGUUCACAGUGUGUGUUGUCCAUUUUGUAAUCUGAUUUUCUUUUGAAACAGUGGUUUAAUAAAGAACCUAACUACCUCCCCA